UGUCAAGUACCGCUACAUGAAAACACUAAAAUCAACUUACCUUUCUCAUAGCAGUUUCUGCCAGAAGCCAAAAAAGUGACAGCUACAUUCAACUUUAUCAGUGAGCACACUGUAUAUGGUGAAGGGUACAAAUUAGGACACUCCUCAUUAUUUUUUUCUCAGGCUGUUACUUCAGUCUGUUAAAUCUGUUUUUGUUGUGCCUGAUAUGAGCAUAUGGAUAACGUGAAAAUAUUUGGUUUUGCCCUACAUAAAACAAAAGGACACAAUAUUAAGGAAAAUUAAGAACCAUUUUGUACUUUUACUUUUCAUUAUGUUAGGUUAAUGCUUUAGAUUUUGUUGGGGGUUGGCAUUCAAAAACAAAGAAAUACAUAGGGUGAUGAAGUGACUGUGAUGAUGUAGCAAGGCAUCUCCAAGCUGCGUUGACCAUUACAAAUACACACGUUGGUUGCAAGCCAGCCAAGCUAUCGCGUACUUGUCGUUUUACUCCCUUUGUGCCCCUUCCAGCUCAGGUUCGGAGAUAUUCUGCGUCCAGUAUACUGCCAACAAGCUGCAUGCGCAACCACUGGUUCAUUGUGUUGGUCAGGUAGGCCUGAUCGUGAUGCCAGAGAUAUUUUUUUAAAUUUUUGGGAUUUCGUUACGGCGGAAUUUUGAGGGCGAUAUUACGGGAUUUGACUGUACCACUGAAAUGUCUACUAAAAAAGGGAUAAUUUACGAAAUUCGAGAGGAUAUCAGUGCCACGGUGAUAUACACAAGGGUAUACGUGAAUUUAUCGUGACACGACUUGUCUUUGACGUGUAGAACGUUCAAGGUAGUCCUGAUAGAUGAGUUCGAGGGGUGCUUCGAAGAAAAUAAACUCCAGGCAGAAAGAGUCUGAAGUUCUUGAACGCGAAGAUUUUGAUGCUGGACCAACAAAUCUAGACUGCAUAGAGCCCGGUGUGUGGCUUGGCAACUUAACCGCAGCAACAAAUGUUGAAGAACUGCAGCUGCAUCAUAUAAACCAUAUUCUUACAGUAGAUUCCUGUCCUUUGCCAAGGAAGAUAACAAUGCUGCCAGGGGUGAAAGUAAAGUUUUUACAAGUAACUGAUUCUCCAAGAGAAGACCUGCUUACACAUUUUGAAGACACUUAUGAGUUUAUUAAGGCAGGACAGGAGCAAGGAGUAGUUUUAGUACAUUGUUACUAUGGUGUGUCUCGAAGUGCAGCAGUUAUUAUAGCAUAUAUUAUGAAGAAAUAUGAAUUGUCAUUUGAGGAUGCUGUGGAACGUGUGAAAUCUAAACGUAGGUAUGUUGGCCCAAACCCAGGAUUUGUGUCCCAGUUAUGUCUCUAUGAGACAAUGAAAUGGCGGAUGGAUAAAACCAAUAUUCAGUUUCGAAUGUAUAGGUUGCAGAUUGCAGCUGAUCAAGUAAAGCAAGCUAGAAUCCUACCGCAAAGUUGUAUGGAUGUAGUGAAGUCUGAUCCAUCACUAAUCACAGUAAAACCAGACCCUCUUGUAUAUCGCUGUCGGAAAUGCAGGCGCAUUGUGGCAUCUGCAUCAAAUUUGUUACCUCACAUACCAAAAGAAAAGCCUGUAUGGACAGAUAAAAAGUGGUCAACUCAAGGCAAAGAUACAAUGACAUUAUGUUCUGAAACAUACUUUGUGGAGCCUCUUGCUUGGAUGCCGUCCAUUACACAAUCACUACAAGGGAAAAUCCACUGCCCAAAAUGCAAGUCAAAGUUGGGUUCCUUCAGCUGGAUUAUGGGUUGUCAGUGUCCUUGUGGUUCAAAAAUUUCACCUGCAUUUUACAUGGUACCAUCAAAGGUUGAAUGGAGUAACAUGGUACAGAAUGUUCAGGUGACUGUAUGACAGUCAAGUUGCAGUGAAGAUGUAAGUUUGCCUCUUGAUGUGGUGAGUGAUCUUGGUGAAAGUGGGCAAGAUGUUACUGUCUGUGCAAGCCGGUGAGCUAAGAAGGCAGAUCUACUUCUGUUGUUAUUAGUCAAGUUUCCUGGUAAGUCUAUGGAUCUCCUUCCAUCAUAGAUUUACGUAAUUGUAAAUCUUAGGUUUUCACAAAAAUAACAGAUCUUUGGGUAAUUUCUUGACUAGCUGGGCAACUGUUAGUUUCUUAAGGACAUCUGUGCAUCAUUUAAUUAGUUACACUUUCACAGUUGGUAUUUAAUACAUAUUGGUUUUUAGGUUUUUAUAAUUGCCUGACUAAUAUUAUUGCAUCUGAUGUCUUGGUGGAUAUUAUGGAUGUCAUCUUCAGGAUUAGCCUCUGGAUGGGCAUGUACUGUAUCAGUGUCUGAAAGGGCACAGUAUAAGCCCAAAAGCAACUAACUACCUUCACACUGACUGUGAAAGACUAAGAUUAAGAGUUAUGUUUCUGGUUAUGACAUGUAUGGGAAGCGAGUUAUAACUUAAAAACAGUAAUUUCUUAUGUUUGCGGCA